AUGUCUGAAAACCAACCCAAUCAGCCCUCGUACUUUGAGUCUAUCGCGUUCGCUGGGAUUGGAGAUGGGAUCACGGAAGCUCUCGGUCUCGACGAAUACGCACCGUUCUAUGAACUCGGAUCCAGCGUCCCCGAUCCUGGAAAUAAAUUUGACUGGGUGAUUGUGUCCGACGAAAUGCCAGACUCCGCUGAGCCCGACGAUUGGACUUGUUCCCAGGGCAUUCCUGAUGUUAUCAUGACUGGCUUCACAUCUGACCAUUUGCCCAUGGAACGUCCGGGCUCAAGCCUCCGCAGCUCUUGCACUGGAAUGCGUUCGCAGGACCACCCUAACCUUUCUGGUUACGAUCCCAUAGGUGCCUCCAUGAUGCCAACAACUGGACUCUGGACCGAGCAAAAUAAGUUAGAUGGAGAUUCGAAUUAUUUCAAAAGCGGUACCAGGGGCAUGAUGAUCAGAAUUUCUUCAGGAGGUGUUGUCACUCCGGAGAAGAUGGUGACUAGCUCCCUUGAUCUCAUCUACACUGCCGCGUCCAACACUGGAAAGCCAUUGAGUGCAGAUGCACCAGAAGCCGACUUGUUCGGUAUAGCGCAAGAUAUUGAGCCCCUACCCGAGCAGCCCAAUCGCCUACGCCGGCCUUACCGACGGUCAAAAUUCCCCUUGAAAUCAAUUGCGAUCCUCGAGACUUAG